UAAAAUGACGGUCUCGUGACACGACGCAACGAGCCAUUUUGCCACUCCCAUCGACAUUCGCUUCUGACGAAAACCUCCUGGAAAGUCCUGCUCUGCUCGCACUCGAGCGAGAGAGUGAGAGUGAGAGAGAUGGCGGUCGGAGGGUUCGCCGUCGACGGCGGCAACGUCGACGGCCUCGGCGGCAAGAUAACGCUGUCGGUGGUGAUCACCUGCGUCGUGGCGGCGACGAGCGGGCUCAUCUUCGGGUACGACAUCGGGAUUUCAGGGGGUGUCACUACAAUGGCUCCGUUCUUGAAGAAAUUCUUCCCAGCGGUACUAAGGAAGGCUGCCGAGGCCAAAACGAACAUGUACUGCAUUUACAACAGCCAAGUCCUGACGGCAUUCACGUCCUCACUCUACAUCGCGGGGUUGGCUUCAUCCCUCUUGGCGAGCCGCCUCACCGCGGCGUUCGGCCGGAGAAACAUAAUGAUCCUCGGCGGCUGCACCUUCCUUGCUGGGGCCGCCAUCAACGGCGGUGCUACCAACAUAGCCAUGCUCAUCCUUGGGCGUAUCUUGCUCGGGUUUGGUGUCGGCUUUACUAAUCAGGCAACUCCAGUGUACCUCUCCGAGAUGGCCCCGCCGAAGUGGCGCGGUGCCUUCAACACCGGCUUCCAAUUCUUCAUAGGCAUUGGGGUGGUCUCCGCCAACUGCAUAAACUAUGGCACCGCCAAGCACAGCUGGGGGUGGCGCCUCUCCCUUGGCCUCGCGGCGGCCCCGGCCGCCAUCAUGACCCUCGGCGCCCUCCUCAUCUCCGACACUCCCGCGAGCCUUGUCGAGCGUGGCAAGCUCACUCAGGCAAAGCAAGCGCUCCUCAGGGUGCGGGGCCACGGCACCGACAUCGAGCCCGAGCUCACGGAGCUCGUCAGGUGCAGCGAGACAGCAAAGGCCGCCAAGGAAGAGCCCUUUGUAACGAUCUUCGAGAGGCAGUACAGGCCUCACCUGGUGAUGUCGAUAGCGAUCCCGUUCUUUCAGCAAGUUACAGGGAUCAACAUCAUUGCAUUCUACGCACCUGUUUUGUUUCAGUCCGUUGGAUUCGGAAGCGACUCCGCUCUGAUAGCGGCUAUAAUACUUGGAUUGGUGAACUUGGGAUCGAUUCUGGUGUCUACGUUUGUGGUGGAUCGCUGUGGGCGGAGGUUUUUGUUCAUUGAGGGUGGAGUGCAGAUGUUCCUCUGUCAGGUUGGUGUGGCAUGUGUCUUGGCUGCGACGACAGGCACUUCUGGCACGGAGCGCAUCACCAAGGGCUACGCCAUACUAGUGCUGGUGCUGAUGUGCAUCUACGCGGCCGGGUUCGGUUGGUCAUGGGGUCCCCUAAGCUGGCUCAUCCCGAGCGAGAUAUUCCCCAUGAAGAUUCGUCCCACGGGGCAAAGCAUUAGCGUGGCCGUGAACUUCGCUGUCACGUUCGUGCUGUCGCAGACAUUCUUAACCAUGUUGUGCCACUUCAAGUUCGCAACUUUCCUGUUCUACGCCUCUUGGAUCUCUGUGAUGACGAUCUUUGUGGUGUUCUUCUUGCCGGAGACGAAGGGGGUUCCACUGGACUCAAUGCAUGUGGUGUGGGAGAGGCAUUGGUACUGGAAAAGGUUUGUUAACAAGGAAUCAUACUAGCUGUGUUUUGUCUCUGUGUUGAUUUGAGGGGGAAAAAAGGCAGAUACUGUCCUGAAUUCUAGAGACACGAGGGUCGGUAUGGGCAAGGAAAUUUCAUGUGUUCUUGAUUUGGACGCAACAUGCUUGAAGGAGCAUAAAUAUGAAGAGUCUUCUAAUGCUAUAGAAAUUCAUGUAUCUCAUUUCAUCGUGAUGUUGUAAGAUGUAGCAAGUUUUAUUAAUUCCAGGAACUAUUUCAGUGCUU